AUGACUUCCGUCGUUGCGGUCUCUGGUGGAACUGCCAGCCUUGGUCGUGCUAUCACCGAGGCCAUUGUAGCACUGGGAAAGUACGAGGUCAUUGUUCUGUCAAGAAAAGAAAACCCGGGGCUCGAGAAGACCUUAGGGGUCCGAAUUGUACCUGUGGACUAUUCCAGUGUGUCUAGCAUUAUUGAGGUGCUCGAGAAAAACAACAUCGAUACUCUCGUCUCUGCGAUCGGCCUAGGUGGAUCGGCGCUUCCAGACGCGGAGCUGCCCCUCAUCCGAGCCGCUGAACAGUCGUCUGUCACCAAGAGAUUCAUUGCCAGCGUAUUUGGCGCCACCUACAGGAAGGAACAAUCCUCCUUCUAUCCUGCCGCGGGGAAGAUUCUGUCACGAGAAGAACUAGAAACAACUAAAUCGCUAGAGUGGACUGCCGUCUUGAACGGCUUCUUCCUUGAUUAUUUUGGCAUGCCUAAAGUUACUUCAUACCUCCAGCCCACUACCCUUGUCCUAGAUAUUGCAAACAACUCUGCUGGCAUUCCCGGUUCUGGGGAUGUACCAGUGGUCUUUACACAUAGUUUUGAUGUUGCAAGGUAUACAGCAAGACUGCUAGGCCUAGACAAGUGGGAGAAAGAGUCGUACGUUAUCGGCGAUAAACUGACCUGGAAUGAGUUCCUCAAGCUUGCUGAGGAAGCAAAGGGGACUAAAUUCAACGUUACGUAUGAUUCCGUUGAGCAGCUGCGGGAGGGGAAGAUAACUGAACUCCCAGCCCAUAAGUACGCCUAUGACUUUGUCCCCAAGGAGGUGCUUCAAUCCAUGCUGGCGUACUUUGGCACUAUGUUUGAGAAUGGCCAAUUCAAUUUUAAGUCUAAGAAGACACUGAAUGAUGCUUUUCCUGACAUUGAGCCUUUAACGGCUGAAAAGAUUCUCGAACAAGGUUGGGGCUCUUGA